UAUCCACUCCUUCCAUGAUCGUAAAUCAUAAACGAGCAUAUGACAUGGAAGAUAUCGAGCAGCCAAUUAAGAAGAAGUACAAGGACGACUCAAGAUUCACAUCUGUAUAUGAUGACAAGUCCAAGCCUAUCACCUCGACAACAACAUCAUCAUCUGGAGGAGUACCAUCACCACAGGUGUUCAAGUUCACUGGCAACAACAACUACCACAAUAAUAAUACUCGUCGUGUUUACUUUGCCAGUGAUGACGAGGACGAACAAGAAUAUGAUGAGAUCGAGGAUGAGGACUAUGAUGGUUCCUACUCCAGUAACCACCGCUAUACAUAUAUUGACGACAAACAUAAGGCUGUCUUGUAUCCCAGCUGCAUCAGCAACUCCUCCAUCGCCAGCACGACACCAACGACGACAACCACGACCACAACUGCAGUGCAGACUAUUCCUACAAUGAAUGCAUCAUCCUCCACUUAA